AUGGGGCAAUGUCGCACUGAGCACCAUGGGGCAAUGUCGUUUGGCACUGAGCACCAUGGGGCAAUGUCGUUUGGCACUAAGCACCAUGGAACAAUGUCGUUUGGCACUGAGCACCAUGGAACAAUGUCGUUUGGCACUAAGCACCAUGGAACAAUGUCGUUUGGCACUAAGCACCAUGGAACAAUGUCGUUUGGCACUAAGCACCAUGGGGCAAUGUCGUUUGACACUAAGCACCAUGGGGCAAUGUCGUUUGGCACUAAGCACCAUGGAACAAUGUCGUUUGGCAUUAAGCACCAUGGAACAAUGUCGUUUGGCACUAAGCACCAUGGAACAAUGUCGUUUGGCACUAAGCACCAUGGGGCAAUGUCGUUUGACACUGAGCACCAUGGAACAAUGUCGUUUGGCACUAAGCACCAUGGGGCAAUGUCGUUUGGCACUAAGCACCAUGGAACAAUGUCGUUUGACACUGAGCACCAUGGGGCAAUGUCGUUUGACACUAAGAACCAUGGAACAAUGUCGUUUGGCACUAAGCACCAUGGGGCAAUGUCGUUUGACACUAAGAACCAUGGAACAAUGUCGUUUGGCACUGAGCACCAUGGGGCAAUGUUGUUAGGCACUGAGCGCCAUAGGGCAAUGUAA